UGUAUCAGGAGCCAUUCCAUCCAGGCUGGUUCGGGGAACCCGGAACAUGCGGAGGGAGACCUUGAAACCCUCUGGGCUUUUGCCUUUGGAGAUCCAGGGCAACAGAGCCAUCAAGAUGGCCGCUGCUCCGUGGUCCCUGCUGGAACCCUCGGGGGUCUCUUGUCAUGACACAAAUGUCAUGGAGAGGAGAAGGGACUGAAAAACGGCCAGUGGCCGAUCACUUCAAGCAGCUGCCUUGCUGUCUUGCUGCCCUGCAGCUCUCAGUGGCUAUGUCUGGACCAGCCCUGAGUUCCAGGCCUCAUGAUCUCUUCUCCCACACAGGGAUACCCAGGCUAGCCCCUCCUCGGAAUGUGACUCUGUUCUCCCAGGACUUCGGUGUGUACCUGACAUGGCUCCCAGGGCUUGGCAACCCCCAGAACGUCACCUAUUUUGUGACCUACCAAGGCCUCAUAACUCCCAAACGGUGGCGGAAAGUAGAGCGGUGCAAUGGAACCCAGGCACUGCUGUGUCCCCUGAUGUGCCUGGAGAAGCAGGACCUGUAUACCAAGUUCAAGGGACGCGUGCAGGCUGUGUCUGCCAAUGUCAAGUCUCCAAAAGUCGAGUCCGAGUACCUGGACUACUUUUUUGAAGUGGAGCUGGCCCCGCCCACCCUCGAGUUCACCUGGAUGGAGAAGAUCCUGCGUGUCAACGCCUCCUACCAGCUGCCCCCCUGCAUGCCCCCCAUGGACCUGAAGUAUGAGGUGGAACUCUGGGCAGAGGGCGCCAUAAACAAGACGCUGUUUCCUGCCACCCUCUAUGGCCAGCCAGUCCACAUCCCUCUGAAGCGGAGAACAGGCAGACGCCACUGCCUCAGGGCCAGAACCAUCUACGCCACCACUUCCAAGUACAGCCGCUUCUCAGAGCCCAACUGCCUCCUCCUGGAAGCCCCAGGGGCCAGCUGGGCGGUCCUGGCGCUGCCCUCAGUCCUGCCUCUGCUGCUCGUACUGGCCAUUGGGGGCAUGAUCUGGAAAAGUGUCAAGGGGAACCCCUGGUUCGAGCUGGAGAGGAUGCCUCUGGCCCUGGAUUUUUCCGGAUGCAGACUCCCCACAGUAACCUGGCAGCCCAGUGGGGCAGAGUCACUGGAUGAUGUAAUCCUCUGUCCCCCAAAGGAACUGCCCAGAAGAGCCAGGCUGGCACCCCGAGUCAGGUGCCCCCCCACUGGACAGGCAGGCUCAGUGGACAGUGCUGAGGAUGAGGACGAGGACACGGAUGUCUGUGACAGCUUCCACGACUACCUUUCCUCACCCCUCCUCCUGGCCCAGGAGCUCCACCCAGCAAGACCCUCAGACGAGUCUAGGGUGUGCUCCGGGGGGACCUGGAUACCCCCAGGCCCGUGCCCAGGCUCCCCUGCCUGGGAUUCCUCACCCGGGAGCAGCCCCAGCACUGGGGACUCCUCGUUCUUGGAGGAGGCCGGGUCCCCCAGCUGUGUGGUCGCGGAGUCAGGCCAGGGGCAGGGUGGGGACAGGUGUCAGGACUCCGUUGCUCUACUGGACUCCUCAGAGGACUCCGGCUCCCCGGAAGAGCCCCAGAAAGAUGACCUCUCCUGGUGGACCACCUGGGGCUCCCCAGCCCCACAGCGGAGUCUGGUUCCUGGGGAACCCCCAGUUUCUCUUCAGACAUUCACCUUCUGCUGGGGCAGUGGUCCUGAGGAGGAGGAGGAAUGGGAAGAGGAGGAGGAGGAAGAGGAGAGUGAGAGGGGAUCAGAACCUAACGACAGCAGCACUGGCAGUGGAGGGGCUGAGUACCUGCAGAAGGCCCAGUUCAAGGGUGGGGUGCCAGGACAUUACCUGGCCAGGACAUUACCUGGCUAGCCGAGGCCUCCCACCUAGUCUGGCGCUGCUGCCACAGGCCAGGUGUGGCACAGCCACACGCUUCCCGGAGGCCACCAUCUGAGCUGAGCAGGAAGAUGCCGCCAGUUCCUAUGACGGGGCCAUGGCCUUAGAUCAAUCUGCAGGAAAGAUGUAGGUACGGAUGGGCCAAAGUCAGCCUGGAGUCCUCAUGGGAGGUUGGGUGCCAAGGGAGGUCCCACGGGAGGCACGUCUGGUGUGCCAGGGCCUCGUCUCCCCGCCGAGUGAUUCUGGAUGACCCCCACCCCCAGCACCCCCAGCACAUAAUGAGAGGAGUUGGAAGAUAGUAGCAGGGUCGUCCUUCAGAACCUGGUCUUCAGAGGCAUGGCAUGGCGCUGUUUUUAAUGACAGACACAUCUAGGUUCAUACCCCAGCCCUGCUGUUUCCCCUCCCUCGUUCUGCCUCUGCCGUCUGGGUGCAGCAAGGAUCCCGGCAGGCCUUGGGUGUGAGAAGCGCGGGCCUGACAUGUCAGUGGUGCUCUCUGAAUGGUGGCUGGCAGGAUCCCCCAUCUGCCCAGAUCCCACCUGGGACCCCUAAGCCCAACCUGGCUGGAAGCCCCCACCUUCCAGGCGGUCUUCCCCCUUCCUUCCACCUGGUCCCACAAGGUUCAGCUUGGCCCCUUGCCUCCCACCCCCAUGGGGUCCACCCGUCAAG